CCUUAUUCCAACUUUCAAUUACAGCAGUCACGCUGCAUGGUACACGAGUCUCGCUACAUAAAGAGGCACUAGUGAAGAGUCUAUGGCCAGCCACCCACUGUUGCUAUACUAGUCAAUUUGCCGUGGCCAUACCGCUCCAGGGUACAUCAUGGGCAACAUGGGCCAGAUGCAGUUCACUGCAGUGGACUACGCCAUCUUCGUGCUGCUCCUUGUAGCCUCAGCAGGUAUUGGCCUGUUCCAUGCAUUUUCAGGGGGCCGCCAGAGCACCACUCAUGAGUUCCUGCUGGCUGAUCGCAGCAUGAGCUGCCUACCUGUUUCACUGUCCCUGCUUGCCACCUUCCAGUCAGCUGUAGCCAUCUUGGGUGCGCCGGCUGAAAUCUAUGCUUACGGCACGCAAUACUGGUUCCUGGGCUGCUCCUACUUCCUGGGCCUGCUCAUCCCAGCACACGUCUUCAUUCCUGUUUUCUACCGUCUGCGCCUUUCCAGCGCCUACCAGUAUCUAGAGCUUCGCUUCAACAAAACUGUACGGAUAUGUGGCACUGUGACCUUCAUCUUUCAGAUGGUAAUCUAUAUGGGAGUGGUGCUGUAUGCUCCUGCACUUGCACUGAAUGCAGUAACUGGUUUUGACCUCUGGGGGGCUGUUCUGGCAAUGGGGCUUGUGUGCACACUGUACACAACACUGGGUGGCCUGAAAGCAGUUAUCUGGACAGAUGUGUUCCAAACGAUUGUUAUGUUUGCUGGGCAGCUGGCUGUAAUCAUAGUGGGUGCCCACCAGGCGGGUGGCAUCACAGAGGUGUGGGCGAAAGCCCAGAAUGGCAGCCGUAUUUCCGGCAUCGAGCUGAACCCUGACCCUCUGGAGAGGCACACGUUUUGGACAUUGGCUGUUGGGGGUAUCUUCCUCAUGCUGGCACUCUAUGGAGUGAACCAGGCUCAAGUCCAGAGAUACCUCAGCUCCCGUUCUGAAAAAGAGGCCAUCAUGUCCUGCUAUGUGGUGUUUCCAUGCCAGCAGAUAGUCCUGGCACUAGGUUGUCUCAUGGGACUGGUCAUGUUUGCCCGCUAUGGUGAAGACAGUCCCUUGGACAAGGGUUAUGUCCAGACCAAUGACCAGAUGGUGUUGUAUUUUGUGAUGGAUGUGCUCAGAGACCUUCCUGGUUUGCCUGGACUGUUUGUUGCUUGUCUUUUCAGUGGGGCUCUCAGCACAAUUUCAUCUGCCUUCAACUCCCUGGCAACUGUAACCCUGGAAGAUCUGAUUAAGCCCUUUUAUCCUGGCAUGACCGAGGCACGAGCCACGCUGCUAUCCAAAGGCCUAGCUCUUGGCUAUGGACUGGUGUGUCUAGCUAUGGCUUACAUCGCUUCUCUAAUGGGCUCUGUGUUACAGGCAGCACUCAGUAUUUUUGGGAUGGUUGGUGGGCCUCUUCUUGGCCUCUUCUGUCUAGGCAUGUUCUUUCCCUGGGCCAACUCUAUUGGAGCAGUGACUGGUUUGGUAGCAGGACUGAUUAUGGCUUUCUGGAUUGGCAUUGGCAGCUUUGUCUCCCGUAUGCAAGCACCCGGAACACCCAUAUUUAAUACCACAAUUAUUCAUGACACAGGCAACACAACUGCCAUCAUGACUACUGUCAUCACCUCUCUUACAACAAAACCCAGGCCCACUGGACUACAGGCUAUCUAUUCAUUGUCCUACAUGUGGUACAGUGCUCACAACUCUGCCACAGUUGUAAUGGUAGGACUGUUGGUCAGCCUUCUCACUGGACCCUGGAAGGAGAAGGACUUGACCCCAGGUACUGUUUACCCUGUAUUGGGAAAGCUGCUCUUCUUUCUACCUGAGCGUUACAGAGAAAAGCUUUGUUGUGUUACUCCUCUGGAGCACAGGCCCAAGACUCUGGACAGGCAGCUACAUCAAAACGAAAAGAAAGAGAACAGCAUUGUCCAAAUUAAGGAUGAAGACGAGAAUGAACAGGAGGAAUCCAAAACCUCACAGGUUUUAUCCAAGCUGGUGAAAGUGGAGCAAGAGACAGCUUUGUGAUUUGUUCUCUAAAUUUAUUAUUUUAACAGAUGAUCAAGGCCAUAUUUACUGUCAUAUAAACUGAAAAAAAAUUAUAAUCAUGAUGUCCACAAAGAUCCGUUGCUGUAGAUGUUAGUUGUUCAGAACAUACUUUUGCACAAUCUGCUGUUAUGUCUUUAUAAUGAUUAGGCAGUACUAGUGAAUUUAGCAUUAAAUUCAUGUAGGGAGGUGUGUGUGAGUGAAAUGUACUAUUCAUUUUAUCUAAUGGAUAACUGUGACAGUUGACCAAUUAAGCAAACAGCCUCAGUACUGACAUUUCAUACCACCCCAAUUCCAAAAAACUUUGGGUGCUGUGUGUAAAAUGUAAAUAAAAACAAAAUGCAGUGAUUUACAAAUCGGGUGUCACAGUGGUGUAGUGGUGAGCCCAGUGGCCGAUGGGGGCCUUUCUCUGUGGAGGUUGCAUGUUCUCCCGGUGUCUGCAUGGGUUUCCCCCACAGUCCAUAGACAUGCAGUUAGGCUAACUGGCUACUCUAAAUUGCCCAUAGGUGUGAACGUGUGUGUGUGUGUGCGGCAGUCGUCUGGGUGUCUGAGUAGCCCUAUUCAGGACAGCACUGCUCACCUCUGUAGCCUGAGAAAGAAAGAAAGCACAACUUUAUUCAUCACACACUUCUGAAGUUUCCUCUCUGCAUUUAACCCAUCUGAAGCAGCAAACACACAUGCACACACGUGAGCAAUGAGCACACACACAUACCCAGAGCAGUGGGCAGCCAUAAUACUAACAGCGCCCGGGGAGCAGUUGGGAGUUAGGUGCCUCGCUCAAGGCUUAUAUUUUUAUUUAUACGACUUUGGUCUAUAGCUGUCAAAGGCCUUAGCCUUAAAACCGGUUCCUGCUGUGAUGUCACACACUCAGGGCUGGCUGGCUCAGCGGGGCAGCUCGAAUGCCAACUUUGUGGUUGAUUUUUAACUCUCAAAAAUAUAUUUUUUUAAUUCCCAUUUAUGCAGCAUACAAGAGUCAAGGGUGGAGAUACUAUCCACUCAGAAAUGUAUUUAAAAAUAAAGGUUCUGCGUAUCUCCUUUAAAAGAAGAGGGGAUGCUACAAAGUGGUAAACAUGGCCCUGUCCCAACUUAUUUGAGACGUGUUGCUGCUAUCAAAUUCAAAAUUACCCUUUUUUUUUCU